GGAUAAUUUCUUAUUGUGGUCAGGAGGGAGUGAAACACAACCUGCUGUGUUAAAGAGUUGACCUCUUAAUCCUAAGUCUUCUGCUGCUGCUAGUGUAGUUUUUCUACAUGGCUUCAAAUUUACUUCCAUAAACAUAUCAGGAGUUGGUACAAAGAGCAAAAUAAUACACUGUGGAAAUAUUGUGGGAAUAUGCCGAUAUUUAUGUGAGCAUGUCAUCUGCACGAAGCUUGAGUAAACAAAUGACAUCUUCUGGUACUCUCUGUGCUAACACAUCACAGAGAAAAAUACAGAAAAACCCAGGCAAGAAGAGAACGUAUGAUUGCUCAGAGUGUGGGAAGAGUUUUCUUGUACAGAGUAGCCUUGAACGACAUCAGCGCAUUCAUACAGAAGAGAAACCGUUUCACUGCUUAGAGUGUGGGAAGAGUUUUAACCGAAAGAAUCAUCUUCAAUUACACCAGCGUACCCACACAGGAGAGAAGCCAUAUGACUGCUUAGAGUGUGGGAAGAGUUUUUCUGUACAGGGUAGCCUCCGACUACACCAGCGCAUUCACACUGGAGAGAAACCAUAUCAGUGCUCUGAGUGUGGGAAGAGUUUUACUGUACAGUGCAGUCUCCAAACACACAUGCGCAUUCACACUGGAGAGAAACCAUAUCAGUGCUCCGAGUGUGGGAAGAGUUUUACUGUACAGUGCAGUCUCCAAACACACCAGCGCAUUCAUACAGGAGAGAAACCAUAUCACUGUUCAGAGUGUGGGAAGAGUUUUAAUCAACAAGGUUAUCUCCGGAUACACAGACGCGUCCACACUGGACUAAAACCAUAUUAUUGUUCGGAGUGUGGGAAGAGUUUUACUUCUCAAACAAGACUCCAAAUACACCAGCAUAUUCACACAGGUGAAAAACCACAUUGUUGCUCAGAAUGUGGGAAGAGUUUUAGAGAGAAUGGUACCCUCAAACUACACCAGCGCAUUCACACUGGAGAGAAACCGUAUCACUGCGUAAAGUGUGGGAAGAAGUUCAGUUCACACAGUUAUCUAAAAGUACACCAGCGCAUUCACACUGGAGAGAGACCGUAUCACUGCUCUGAGUGCAAGAAAAGUUUUACUACUCAAAGCAGUCUAAAAGUGCACCAGCGCAUUCACACGGGAGAGAAACCAUAUUCCUGCUCUCAGUGUGGAAAGAGUUUUACUCGACUAGGUCAUCUGCAAGUACAUCAGCGUAUUCACACAGGACUGAAACCGUAUUAUUGUUCAGAGUGUGGGAAGAGUUUCAGUGAUGAAGGUAAUUUUAGGAAACACCAACGAAUUCACACAGAUGAGAAACCUCAUCACUGUUCAGAGUGUGGGCAGUCCUUCAGACAUUCAAAAUCUUUAAAGACACACAAGUGCCCAAAGGCAAGAACAUGUUCUAAGAAAAGAAGUAUUAGCGAAAAAAUGUCUUCCACAGAGAACCCAGGGCCUCAGUUGGCUUCUUGUACUGUCCGUGUUAACACAGGCCAUCACCGAACACGGAAAGCUGCAAGCAAGGAGAGAAUUCAUCACUGUUCAGAGUGUGGGAAGAGUUUCACCAGACACAGUCAUCUCAAAACACACCAGCGCAUUCACACCGGAGAGAAACCGUAUCAGUGCUCCGUGUGUGGGAAGAGCUUUAAUCAGAAGGGUCAUCUCCAAAUACACCAGCGCAUUCAUGUAGAAGAGAAACUGUACCACUGCCUACAGUGUGGAAUAGGUUUUACUGACCGACGUGAUCUCCAGUUACACCAGCGCAUUCACACAGAAAGGAAGCCGUAUGGCUGCUCAGAGUGCGGAAGGAGUUUUACUUUACAGAGUCAUCUCCGAAUACAUCAACGCAUUCACACAGGAGAGAAACCGCAUCAGUGCCCAGUGUGCGGGAGGAAUUUUAGUGUACGGAGUCAUCUUCGAACACAUCAACGCAUUCACACUGGAGAGAAACCGUAUCAGUGCUCAGAGUGCGGGAAGAAUUUUAGUCAAAAGACUCAUCUCCGAACACACCAGCGCAUUCACACUGGAGAAAAACCGUAUCACUGUUCAGAGUGUGGGAAGAGUUUUCAUCAACAGGGUAAUCUACUAGCACAUCAGCGCAUUCACACAGGAGAGAAACCAUAUUUCUGCUCUGAUUGUGGGAAGAGUUUUCAUCAACAAGGUCAUCUCCAAACACAUCAGUGCAUUCACAUGGAAGAGGGAAGAGUUUUUGAAACCGACCUAAUUAUUUGCCUCAGAUGCUGUUCAGCCGUUCAACUUCCCUCGCGUCCUGGGGUCCCUGAAAUGAAGUGCUUCUCAACUGCCCAAUCAGUGGCCCGCUCCAAUAGAAGCGUAGCUGGUGGAGUUUGCCGGAAAACAGACAAGAAAGUGAAAAAGAAGAAGGAGAACAAGAACAAGAACCGCACACACAGUGUAGAUGGAGGAAGAGAAACAGGAGCUGCUCUAGUAAAGGAAGGAGUUCCUUUUGGAAGCUGUCUACUCCUCCUACUGUUCACUUUCCUACACAGUUGGUAUUUACUUCCUCAAACACAUCUGGAGAUGCCACCAAGACAAAAACGUCUGAGUCUGACAGAGGACAAAUGUGUUCAUCUGGCAUCCACAAAAGGCUCCAGUGCUCAGAGAACACACUCUGAAACUGUCCGCACUAAAACAGUGCUGAAAAAUACCGCCAAGGAACGAAAACAUCGCUGCUCAGAGUGUGGAAAGAGUUUUGAACGGCGGAGUAGUCUCCAAUUGCACCAGCGCAUUCACACAGGAGAAAAACCGUUUCACUGCUCAGACUGUGGGAAGAGUUUUAAUCAACAAGUUCAUCUAAAAUCGCACCAAUUUGUUCACACAAGAGAGAAACCGCACCACUGCCCGGAGUGCGGGAAGAGUUUUGCUCAACAAAUUAAUCUCCAAACGCACCAGCGCAUUCACACUGGAGAGAAAUCAUAUCACUGCUCUGAGUGUGGCAACAGCUUUAAACAUAGGUGUAGCCUCCGAAAACACCAGCGCAUUCACACUGGAGAGAGACCGUAUCAGUGUUCGACGUGUGGGAAGAGAUUUAGUGUACAUUAUACUCUCCAAAUACACCGGCGCAUUCACACUGGGGAGAAACCGUAUCAGUGCUCAGAGUGUGGGAAGAGUUUCUGUGACAAGCGUAAUCUCCAAACUCACCAGCGCGUUCACACUGGAGAGAAGCCCUAUCACUGCUCAGAUUGUGGGAGGAGCUUCAAUCAACUUGUUCAUCUCCAGACGCAUGAGCGUGUUCACACUGGAGUGAAACCGUAUUAUUGUGAGUGUGGGAAGUAUUUUAAUGAUAGUCGGAAUUUCAAAGCACACCAGCGCAUUCACACCGGAGAGAAACCGUAUCACUGCUCGGAUUGUGGGCGGAGCUUCACCUACUUGGCUUCUUUAAAGUCACACAAGUGUCCCUGUAGAAAGGUCAAAGCUCACAACACAUAAGCUUGUGAUAUUCACUUUUUUAUGUAUCAAUAAUGCUGUCACCCAUGGCCAGUAUUCUUUUUGCACAUUCAACAAUAUAAUGCAUGGGCUCCUGAGUGGCGCAACCAUCUAAGAGUUGGCCCUGUCAUCAGGAGAUCGCAAGUUCAAUCCCUGGUGAUUCUAUAGCCAUCCUUAGCCGGGAGUCCAAGAGAGCACAAUUGGCCUUGCUUUUUCUGGGUGGGUAAGAUGGCCCCCCUUCUCCCCACCUUCACUCAAUGCGAUGCUUGUCAGUGCAGGCAUGGCUGAUGUAACAGAUCUGGCGGUUGGCACUUUCCUGUGCAUUCAGCUGUCCCGUGACAUUGCGUGUCCGGCAGUUUGAAAAGAAGCGGUGGCUGGUUUCACAGGUCUUGGAGGAAGCCUGUGUUGGCUUUCACCCUCCUAGCGUUGGUAGUAUCGUGUGACUGGAGGAGUCCUAAGUAGUGGGUGGAACAGGAAAUGACUAAAUUGGGUAGAAAAUCAGGUAAAAAAAGAAAUAUAUAACGCAUUGCUAGAAAUAUUUGUUAUAAUGCUGAGUGCACAUUCAUGCACUCAAUAGUCCGAUCAUAAUUGGAUUUCUGCAAUUAUCCGAUUAUUCAAAUAGUCAUGUGAACAUCACACUCCGAUCUAGAAAUCUGAUUAAGAAAUCUAAUAAACAGGCUGGAUUUUAGCUCAGUAAUCAGAUUUCCCACUGCAUGUAAACUCUCACUCAGAUUUCUAUUAGAUUUUUCAGUCUGUGGAGAUCAGACAUUGGACGUCACGAGAUGCAGCAAAACACUUUUGGAGCGGUGCUGAAACCAAACAUGAAAUAAAGUUAAAGUUAAAUAUUCUUUGUCUUCCAGAUGAUGUUUCUUCAUAUUUUUAGGUAAAAUCACUCACUGUUUAAAAAAAGCCAUGGUAUGAAGGUUUGUUAUGUUUAUGUCGCAUCUUCUUUUGUGAGUUAUUGGUUUCCCAUUGUGAGUUUCCCAUUAUCUAAUUACUCAAGUGCAUAUAAACGUGUUUAUUGAGGUAAUGACCAUCUGAUUUUCUGCAGUUUUUGGAUUAUUAAGUGCAUGUAAACACACUCAGUGUCACAGCCUUUUAAAUAAAGUACGUUCCAUUAAAGAUAAAAA